AUGAAUCGUCGACGUCUACCGAUUCAACCAAUUCACAGGGAUACAGAAAGUUUCGAGUUGGAUGCUCAGAAAGAAAUGAUUAUGGACGAUUCGGUGGAAAACAAAAUCAUCGGACAAAUGAACUACAUACGAAUGUUUCUUGCCGAUAAAUUGGUGUUUCCACCGGACACCAAAGAAUACAAGUUUGAAUUUAAAGAUCUCGAAGAACUAGGAUCACUUGGUAAUGGAAGCUUUGGAACUGUGAAAAAGAUGCGACAUAGUUUGACCGGCACAGAAAUGGCCGUGAAGCGUGUACGGAUAGUCAGUUCGGGUGUAGAUGACGUAGCCAGUUGCCGUUCAAUGAAAAGGCUUCAACAAGAAGUAGACGCCAUUAAAUCGGCUAGUAAUUGUAAGCAAAUCGUCCAGUUCUAUGGAAUAACGUUCCAUGAGGGAGAUGGUCUUGUUUGUAUGGAACUAAUGGACAUUUCAUUAGAACGACUUUAUAUGGCUGUACACGACUUGGGUUAUCCUGCUUUUGAUGAGAAUACGUUAGGAAGUGUUGCUAUCAAUGUGAGGAUUUUUCAGUUUUGA